AUGGCAUCUUUUGGGGGCGAUCGUCCGACGACAACGACGGCGCCGGCGCGAGCUGCAACGGCGAGGCACGGCGGCGGGCGCAGCCGCAGCAGGGCGAGUGCCGGGCGGCGGGCGGUGAAGGCGGAGGAUCUCCGGGCUCAGCUGUUGCAGCGCACGAUGCAGCUUGUGGAGAAACUUCUAGACAUCCACGUCCACAACACCCUCUCGGUCGCCUUCGCGGAGCUGCAGCAGAGGGAGCGAGACGCGGCCCUGAUGAAUUCCUUCCCAACGUCUUUUUCGGAGUCGCGUGUCAAGGGCGAGGAGGCCCAAAAGUACACAGUGGGUCGCUCUCACACUUCUUGCAGCGGAUCAGGCGCGAAUGUCUCCGAGUUGGAGCAAGCGAUACGAGAACGCCUGCAGGAGGAAUGCCGCGUCGAUGCCGCGAUCGCUGCAGAACAUCUGUUCGCGUCGCCGCAGGAUGAUGGGUUUCUCUUCACCGUGCUGCGACGACUGGCUUCCAUGACGGAGGCGGAGGCAAAGCAGGAAAUUCGUGGUGCUGUGGCGCAGUACGUUGACCCACACGUGAAGGCGUUUUGGGAAAUGAAACGGUUGCAACGGGAAGCUGACGGUUACAGCAGCGACAGCAGUGAGCUGAGGAGUGUGCAGGAGGCCGUUGACCGCGCCAUUUCGGAAAAGAAGGCGGAGUUGGAGAGACAUCGUGCCACCCAGACAGCGUUGCGGCGGGCUGAUCGCGUGAAUCGAGUGAAGACUGCAUUUUCCAUGUUGAAAAAAGACGUGGGGAAUGUCUUCUCCCUGCGCUACGUUGUGCCAGAGCCGUACGAGGCUUUGCCUGACCUUCGAUCAGCCGAGUCACUGUAG